CACCAUGGCCGCAGCAGAGGAUCAGGCCCAAGAGGUGCCUUGGUUCCUCAAGACAUCUUAUCCCGUCCUUUUCCCCUCUCACGAAGACCUGUUCAAGUCGCCAGCCGCUUUUGACAAGCAUCUCUCCGACGAGCUGCGGGGUGACUACGGGGUGCUGUCCUUGGAGAGCCUGGAAGUGGGAGACUCGAUGGACGGCAUCACAUUGACCGGCGAAGCAGAAGCGCCAUCAACAAGCGACGCAAAGAAAGACGACGAGGAGUUUGCGAACCGAAUGUUGACGGAAAACGCAGACGUUGCGUUCCGAUCUACAGAGAAUGCGCUGGUCGACUUGUUCUACGAGAUGGAGGAGGUUGUUUCCGGGGAGCGUUUGAAGGAGCUGCUCGAUGCGGCGUGGGCGGUCCAUCCGCUCAUCACGUUGAAGACGAUAUUCAACGCGCGGUCGAUUCAUCUGGGCAAGAGCUCGAAGCAUGUGUUUUAUCGAGCUGCAGGGUGGUUGGCGAAGAAUCACCCGCUCACACUGAUUGGCAACCUGCGAUGGCUGAGUCGGCCCGUGAUCGAGAAGAAGAAGAAGGUGGUACGCAGUAAGGAGGACGAGGCGGACGAAGGGUUUGUCAAGAUUGAGAAGCGGGAGGGGGAUGAGGAUGCGGUGGAUCGGUUUGAUGUGCGGUAUGGCGUUUCGCAUGGGUAUUGGAAGGAUUUGCUGAAUAUUCUUGUUUUGGGGAUGGAGAAGAAGUUGGAUGUGCUUGAGGAUCCGAGGAGUGUGUUGAAUACGGAGGAGCAGAAACGAGAGGAGGAGGCGGCAAGGGUUGAAAAGGCCAAGCUGGAAAGACAUCGCGAGCGGGACAGUCGUCAUGAGGCCGCCAUGGAGAGGUUCAACUCCGACCCCGUGUAUCGCGCUCUGCAUGUCACCGUUGCACGUCUCUUCGCCGAGCAGCUCCAGUCCGACCUGGCAGCCCUUGGACAUGCCGACCCCAGGGCGAGGAAGAACAUCUCGCUCUGCGCAAAGUGGGCUCCCUCGCACGGCAACUUUCACGACAGACAUACCUCCAUCAUCAGCUCCAUUGCCGAAAUCAUGUACCCCAGGGAGUCCCUCGGCAGCGUCGUCGUCGUCUCUUCUGCACCGGAUGUCAGCAGGGAGGUCUAUCUCCGGUAUGCGCGGGAGCAGUACCGCAAGGACGUGUCCGCGCUGAGGAAGUACCUCGAGGUUGUCGAGCGGGAUAUCAGUGCUCAGACGUUUGACAAGAUCAAGUACGACCGCGUGCCGUCCAUUGCGAUGAGGAACUACACCAAACUCUUCGUCCAGAAGGAUCUCGAUCGUUUUGAAGAGUAUCUCGGCAAAGUCGCCGAAGGAAAGGCCAACAUCUCGGGCGCCGUCCUCAUGCCCUCAACCAUGGUGCGCAGCGCAUCGGAGCACAUCCCUUCGGCAUCAAUCCUGGCAAGCCUCCGCCCGCAGCAGAUCAUCGACGCCAAGAUCAUGGAGCUUGAGGCCAAGGUCGUCGACAGCCAGUGGAAGACUCUCGUCCAGCGGAUCAAGGACUCGGGCACCCUGUCAUCAUGCAUCGCGGUCUGCGACGUCUCGGCCAGCAUGACGGGCCCCGUCUUCAAGGAUGGCACGACGCCGAUGCAUUCUGCGGUCGGGUUGUCGCUCCUCGUGGCGGAGGUGACGGAGCCGCCGUUUGGGGGGCACUUCAUCACGUUUUCUUCGCGGCCGCAGUUGCAGGCCAUUGAUGCGAGGCUGUCGCUGGGCGACAAGAUUCGGAACAUGAUGGGUGCGGACUGGGCCAUGAAUACGAAUUUCGUGGCCGUCUUUGAGGACUUGAUUCUUCCGACGGCGGUGGAAAAGGGGCUCAAGAGGGAGGAGAUGCUGAAGCGGGUGUUUGUGUUUAGCGAUAUGCAGUUUGAUGCCGCGGAGCGGGGCUAUUAUGGGCAUCAUGGGGACAAAGACAAGAUAACGUGGGCUUCUUCGUACGAGAGGAUCAAGGCGAAGUACGAGGAGCACGGGUACGAGAUGCCAGAGCUGGUGUUUUGGAACCUGGCCGGUGGCAGGGCGGGCUAUGGCGGUGGUGGCGGAGGAGGGCAGGGGGAUGAGGUUGCUCCGAAGCCGGUGCUUGCGGGGGAGAAGGGAACGGCGCUGGUGAGCGGGUAUUCGCAGGGGAUGCUGAAGGUGUUUAUGGACAAUGGCAUGUUUGACGAGGCCGAGGAGGAGGAGGAUGGUGAUGGGGGCGAGGUUGUGGAGGGGGAUAUGGUGGAGGUUGCUGCGCCUGGGGAGGCAAAGAAGGGCAAGACGGAUCCGUUGGCUGUGCUCAAGAAGGCGGUCUCGCAUAAAGCGUAUGAUAUGUUGCGAGUGUUGGAUUAG